AUGGUGAAUAAACUUAAUAAGAACGCUAUACAAGCUCAUAAUGAACUUAGAGCGUUGCAUGGUUGUCCGAAAAUAAGUUAUGAUUCAAAACUGGCUAGUGAUUCUCAAAAGUGGGCUGAACACUUGGCUUCAACAAAUUGUAUGCAGCAUAGUAAAGCAGAUGGAUAUGGUGAAAAUUUAGCAUUUCAAAUGUCUACAGCCGGUGCAUCACUGAAUGGUCGUGAAGCAACUCGAAAUUGGUACGAUGAAAUUAAGCAACAUGAUUUCAAUGGACAAAAUCAACCUGGGACAGGACAUUUUACUCAAGUAAUUUGGAAGUCAACUAAUAAAGCAGGAUUCGGUUCUGCAUUCUCCAAAGAUGGAAAGAAAGUGUACGUAGUGGGGCGUUACAAACCAGCCGGAAAUAUAAUUGGUUAUUAUGCAGAUAAUGUACCGAAACCAAAGAAAGCGCCUCCACCAAGAGAUGAAUUUAACAAAAUACCAGAAAGUAAAUGUUCAAUAUUGUAA